AAAAUAAACUCAAUUAAAAUAAAAAAUUGUUCAGGAGGAUGGGCACAUAGUUUAGCAUGUGAUAAUAAUGGAAAUAUUUAUUCAUGGGGUUCAAAUAGUCGUGGUCAAUUGGGUAUAGAUACAACUUGUUCCUUAAAUUCAACUUUAUCAACAUCAAAUAAUAAAAAUAAUAAUAAUAAUAAUAAUAAUAAUAAUAAUAAUAAUAAUAGUGGUGGAGUUAUUAAAAAAAGAAUUGUAUUAAAGAAAAAGAAAGUUGAAAGAAAGAAUUUAAAUGAACCAAAGUUAAUUGAAAUUUUAUUUAAUAAUAAAAUUAGAAUAGUUAGUGUAUCAUGUGGAAUGAGACAUUCAAUUGCUUUAUCAAGUGAAAAUGAUGUAUACGGUUGGGGUUGUAAUAAAUUUGGUCAAUUAUCAAAUUUAAUUGAUGGAAAUAGUUUAAAGAGUAAUAAUAAUAAUAAUAAUAUCAAUGAUAUUGCUGAUCCAAUGGUUCAAGAUUCACCAAAACUAAUUAAUUUUAAAAAUGAAAUUAAAAUCAUUCAAAUUUCAUGUGGAUUUCAGCAUACUCUUUUAUUGGAUAUUAAUUUUAAAAAUGUAUUAUCAUUUGGUCAAAAUAAAUUCGGACAAUUAGGUAAUGGUAAUUUCAUUGAUCAAUCAAAUCCUUGUAUACAAUGUGGUUGGAGUAAUAGUUGUUUAUUGACGAACCAAGAUAAAUUAUAUAUAUGUGGUCGUGGUGAGUAUGGUAUUUUAGGUGAUAAUAGAGAUCUAUCACUUGAUAAUAGUAAUUCAAAUCAAUUUAAACUAUUAAAUAGCGAAUCUUUUAAUGGAAAUAAAAUUAAAAACUUUUCAAUUGGUUCUGAGCAUAUCUUAAUUCAAGUUUAUUCAAAUGAUAUUAAUAAUAAUAAUAAUAAUAAUAAUAUAUAUUCAUUUGGUUGGAAUGAACAUUAUCAAUUAGGUCUUUGUGAACCAAUUAUAAUUGGUAAAGAUGGUGAUAAUAAAUCAUUUCCACAACUAUUACCUUCAAUCAAAGGAAAUGAUAAAAGUUUAGUUAAAGCGGGUGGAGGAAAUUCAUUUUUUAUUAUACCUUGA